AUGGCGACUCCGGUGGACCAGAAGCUGCUGAAGUCCACGAAGUUCCCUCCCGAGUUUUCUCGGAAGGUCGACAUGACCAAGGUGAACAUAGAAGUGAUGAAAAAAUGGAUUGCUAGUCGUAUCUCUGAAAUCCUUGGAGAUGAAGACGACAUUGUGAUUGAGCUGUGCUUCAACCUCUUGGAAGGCUCUCGCUAUCCGAACGUGAAAGAACUACAAAUCCAACUCACUGGUUUCCUCGACAAAGAUACCUCCAAAUUCUGCAAGGAACUGUGGUCAUUGUGCCUGAGCGGCCAAGAGAACCCACAGGGCGUUCCAAAGGAGCUUUUGGAAGCCAAGAAGCUUGAGCUCAUGCAAGAAAAGGCAGGCGCGGUGGUCGUGGAGGCCGUGAUUUUGGCCGACGGGACUUCUCAAGGUCACCACCGCCCCGAAACCGAAGCCGAAGCCGAAGCCGUGAUCGAUACCGUGAACCCCCACCUCGCCGCGACUUCGAUUCUUACGUUCCGUCUAGCACAAACAGAGGCCGACCAGUCCGUUCUCCCUCCUACUCACGUUCUCCAAACCGCUCACGAUCCCGCUCCCCUCGUCGACCCCGGCAUGACCGUCGCAGAUCCCGCUCUAGGUCCCCACGGCGAGGCCGCAGAGAAGAAAAGAGACGCAGCCCGGACUACGGUGAUCGCAAUCGAUCCAAUUCCCGUGAUUUACCACGCUCACCUACUUCCAGACGAGACCGAAGCAGACCGCGUUCCGUCUCCCGCAGCGUGA